CUUAUCUUACUCAUUGCUAAUGACGGACAUAAACGGGUUUUAUACCAACGGUAAAAUAAAACAGUUGGCAUUUCAUUUGAAAGGCAAAAACGGUUUGAUCGCUUCUGAUGUUGUCAUGACUAUGUAUGGAACCCUAUGCCUCGGAACUAUGUAUGGAGACCUAUGCCUCGAGAAUAUGUAUGGAAGCCUAUGUCUCGGGACUAUGUAUGGAGACCUAUGUCUCGGAGCUAUGUAUGGAGACCUAUGUAUCGGAGCUAUGUAUGGAGACCUAUGUCUCGGAGCUAUGUAUGGAGACGUAUGUCUCGGAGCUAUGUAUGGGGCCCUAUGUCUCGGAACUAUGUAUGGAGACCUAUGUCCUCGGGACUAUGUAUGGAGACCUAUGUUCUCGGGACUCGUUGUAAUGACUCCGAGUCUGCGUGACUCGAUACCGUAGGUAUGGAGCCUUGUAGUGUUUGUACGAAGGUAUGUGACUUAUAUAUCAACUAUUUGCGACCCGGGCUGCUGAGGGGUAGGAAUCCAACUUCAAGGCUCUCAUGACGUUUGAAGAGGAUAGCCAGUCUCUAUAUGCCCAAAGUCCCUAAUUUAUGUCAAUAAUAUAAUUUAAAUACCUAUUUUCGCGAUGUUAACUCGACCAAAUCGGGAGCAGAACUGACUAUUCAUAGAAGAAACGCGCGCUUUUAUACUUUCUGCUCAUGCGGCGUUACUCGGACAUUUCCAAAGUGAUACAGUUGAGAGCUACGUAAUAGUGGUUUGACUUAAUUAUAUAGCAUAAUAAUGAGGUUCUGGUCUUUUUCAACGUAAUAAAAAUUUAUAAAACAAAUGGAUAUAAAAACAACACACAACGAUACAAUUCUAGGCAUAUUUUCAACAAUGAAUAAAACCUCGGCAAUGCUUACUGGAAAUCAAUGGACGCUUUUAAUAUAUUAACUAAAAGGAACAAUAUACCCAAAGGAAAAUGAACGUAAGUAAAGAACGGUGGUAGGCUAAAACAUCACCACACCUUGAACACAGCUGGCGAUGCGUUUGAGUCUCCAAAACAACUGAUCAAAUUGGACAGCACAUUCAUAACAAGAACCUAUCAGUCUGGCACCUGUGGCAGAGUUAUGUUGUCUCCAAAAUGUCUUAUUCUGUGGAAAUCAGUUUUGACAUUUAAUUAUAUACAUGGUCAAUUAAAUGUGGUUUAUGAAA